AUGGCGUCGGAUGGUGCCUUCACUUUGCUCCAAACCAAUGCGCCCUCAUCCUCUGAGCUCGGAGUUCUUCCGCACAUUCAAAAAGCCCACUACGAGAACUUCUACUGCACCAAGGGUCAAUUCAGCCUCUGGGUAGAGUCUGAUUCGCCGGCACAGCAAGGUCGACAGUUGACGCCUGGGGACUGUGGUGCCGUUCCCCACAAUAUCAAACAUACCUUUCAGAUUCUCGAUCCGGAUACCCAGAUGACUGAUGUCAUUCAUGCUGGUGGUUUUGAAGAACUAUUAAUCGCUCUUGGCGACGACUUCUCGUCCAAGACGGGCAAAAUGUUUGUCCCAGCUGCUCUCAACGAUUCAAGCUCUGGCACUGGCCCUGAUGUCAUCACGGCUCUUGAGUCAUUUGACGUCUUUGCUCAACUUGACUUCGAACCACGACAAGACUUUUCGAAUGGCCAAGCGGGAGGCUUGUUCCAAUGGCACAACGAUACCGAUACUCUUGCUGUUGACUCAACUACUCCAAACUUUAUCGCCAAAAAUAGGGGACCAAAGUACCUCAAUAACAUCGGUGGCACCUAUCAACUCAUCGCUCCCUUGGCCACCAAGGAUCCAACUGGUAGCAGCUUUACUAUGGGAACUUUGACCUUGAGACGUCAAAUCGAAGGAAUACGUGCUAUCAGUACAAACCUGCGCGAACCAGUUGCUUUUCAACUCGAAGAAGGCAAGCUCAGAAUCUCGAUUGACGGAUAUGAGGCUAUGGAACUGAUACAGGGAGAUGUGGUAUUUGUUCCAAGCAACACUUCCUUCACUUACCAUGCUCUGGUGCCUUUUACUAAGUUUCUGUAUGUCAGUGGAGGCAAGGAUGGCUUCGACCAAACAUUAAUGGAGGGAGCUAAGGCUUGGGACUGUACUAUCUAUCCAGUAACGUAA